AUGGGUCCCCAAAGUUCAUUGAAAUUUCAAUGGCACAAAUCAAAACACAAUUCACCGGCAAGCACUCUUAUGAGCCGGACACAUGCGACGCCCUGCUCCGGAGAUUCCAACAAAUGAGUUAUAAUGGUGUAGCCAUUUCUUGGAGGCACUACCUCGAAACAGACUUUGCGAUGCGUGCACUUGCUGGUGAAGAUUACCUGUCGUCCAGAAGCAUCCAGAACCAAUGGAUAGGGAAACAAAUCAUGUACGACGUCUCCAAGUGCAUGUUGAUCAUCACAAUGGCCAUGGUUGACAACAAGUGGGUGUCCUUCGCGUGGGACCUGAAGAGGAGACAGUUGACAAUACACGAUGCAAGCAACAAGUUGGACAAAUGGGAGUCUCAUAAAAUUGUUGCUACAAUCCUUAAUUCCGCUUUGCGCAAGUGUAUCGCGGCAUACUUCGAUGGAUGGAAUGUAGAUUUGGGCAGGUGGGCAACGGUGUACACAUCAGCUUCUUCCAGGGGAGAUGACAAAGAAAACAGCUGCCGUGAUUUUGCAACGGACGCAUUAUAUUUCUGCCAGACGUUCGACGGUGUUAAACAGGGCGGUCGGCUAACAUCGCCAAAGGAUGACUUCCCCACGCAGGCGGAUUUGCUCUUUGACGUUCUUCACCUUAAGAACAACACAGGAACACUGCCACCACAGUUUGUCCAGGAUCUAGAUGAAUGAACCUACAGGUGUCACGAAACAUGUUGCCAAAACGUCUGGCAACCAAUGGCAACACUAAUCAGUUCCCAUGUAUUGCAUGCACCUUUCUUUAUUAUGGUGAACACUACAAACUAAAGAUGUUAUGUUAAAUGGUGCAUGCAACAAAAA